AUGCGGUAUUCAUCAGUAAUUUAUAUGAUUAUAAUUUUUUCAAUUAUUCAUCCUUCUAUACAAGAUUUAUAUGAUUGGAUAAAAUUGCAGACAUUGGAAUUCCAUAGAGAUCAAGCAAAACGUCAAUUCAAUUAUGCAAUAUUACAAAUGGACAAAUCGAUAGACGAAAUGAAUUAUGUAAAAUAUCAACUAAUCGAAGACUAUCCAACGGAAUUUGAAUCACUUACCAAAUACGUGAGCUGUACACUUAAACGUAUGAAAAGUGAAAGUUUGGUAAAACUUACUAAAAAGAUAAAUCUCAUGGAAUCAUCUGUCUUGAAAACGUGUUUAGACAUAGAUGAAUCAUUUCAUCAAAGAGUUAUAUUUCAGUCAGAAUAUGUUCGUAUCAGACGUUCUAUUGAGAAGGUUAACACAAAUCUUUAUUUAUUUAAUUAUUAUUUAAUAGAAUAUAAAUUUCUAUCAGAAAUAGUUAAUGAAUUCAAGAUUCAAAUAAAAGAAGGUAAGUGA